GCUGUGCAGCUCAGAUUGCAUUCUCUGUCUACGGCUAAGGACCAAUUCAUACUGAUAUCCCAGCAACCUGAAAAUAGGGACAAAGCGACGUAGUUAUUUAGAUAUUAUCUGAGCUCGUCUGUUCAACUCUCCCUGUCUAUUCUACACGGAGCAUACCUUUAGAAGAUGCUUCAAAUAAGGGAUCUCAUUUGGACAUUGCUUUUCUGUGGUUAUGCAGCUGCCUUGCAAGUGGAAAUCACUCCAGCCCAAGGAGAAAUCAGCGUGGGAGAGUCCAAAUUCUUUUUGUGCGAAGUUGUUGGAGAUGCGAAGGAAAUAGACUGGUUUGCUCCCAAUGGUGAGAAGCUCCUGCCAGGCAGACCGGACAUCAGCAUCUCUAAUAGUGACGAGUCCUCGUCUACACUGACCAUCUACAAUGCUAACGUCGACCAUGCUGGCAUGUACAAGUGUGUGGCCAAAAGCGGGGAUAAGGAAUCUCAGGGCACCGUCAUUGUAAAAAUUUUCCAGAAACUCACUUUCCAAAAUGUUCCGUCGCCCCAAGAGUUUAAUGAGGGGGAUGAUGCUGACAUCAUCUGUGAUGUCAUCAGCUCGCCACCCCCAACUGUUAUCUGGAAGUAUAAAUUUAAGAAAAUCCAGCCGGAGACUGAUGUCCGUUUCAAGGUCUUGAGCAACAACCACCUCCAGAUCCGUGGCAUCAAGAAAACAGAUGAGGGUAACUACACCUGCGAGGGUCGCAUCAUGGCCCGGGGUGAAAUCGACCUCAGGGUCAUCACAGUCAUUGUCAACGUUCUGCCAAGUAUCAGGACCCGGUACACCGAGCUGAAUGCCACCGCAGACAUCGGACAAGCUGUGACGUUGGCCUGCCAUGCAGAUGGUUACCCGGAACCCAACGUCACGUGGGCACGUGGUAAUAUCGUGCUGGAAUCAAAUGAGAAGUACAGUCUGAAUGAAGAUGGAUCUGAGUUGACCAUCAAGGACGUCAAGAAGGUUGAUGAAGGAGAUUACCAAUGCAUCGCUAGGAACAAGGCAGGGGAGAGGAGCAAGGAAGUCAGCCUCAGUGUGUUUGUGCAACCGAAGAUCACGUUCCUGGAAAACCUAACGGCCUCAGAGCUAGAGGAGCGUAUCACGCUCACCUGCGAGGCCACAGGCGACCCCACACCCAAUAUCGUCUGGAGCUUCGGGCGCCGCAUCUUCACCGAAAACGAGCAGGCUUCAUGGACUCGACCUGAGAAACACAAGAGCCUGGAUGGGAACGUGGUUGUACGCAGUGAUGCUCGCGUGUCCUCGCUCACUCUGAAAUACGUGCAGUUCACGGAUGCUGGCCAGUACCUCUGCACCGCUCGCAACUCCAUUGGUCAGGACAUCCAGAGCAUGUACCUGGAAGUGCGAUAUGCGCCGAAGAUCCAGGGCCCUGCGGCAGUGUUCACCUGGGAGGGGAAUCCGGCUAACAUCACCUGUGAAGCUCUGGCGCACCCGAGCGCAUCUGUUUCGUGGUUCCGCGAUGGCCAGCUACUGCCCAGCGCUAAUACCACAUACGUCAAGAUCUACAACACUCCAACAAGCAGCUUUCUAGAGGUCACUCCCGAGUCCCAGAGCGACUUUGGCAGUUACAACUGUACGGCCACCAAUGUCAUCGGCACAGAAUCAAAGGAAUUUAUUCUGAUUCAAGCAGAUGUGCCUUCGGCCCCCUCUAUCGAUCGUGUGGAGCCGUAUUCUAGCACAGCGGUGGUGGAAUACGAUGAACCCGCCGCCAACGGAGGAGUUCCCAUCCUCAAGUACAAAGCCGAGUGGAGGAUAGCAGGCCAAGACUGGACUGACAGAGAAUUUGACGUCGGGGAUGGUCUCAAUUUGAUCAACCUCGUUGGGCUGAAGCCCGAGACUGUUUAUGAGGUCAAGGUGUCCGCCAUCAACGGAAAGGGUGAAGGAGAGAGCAGCCCACCAGAGACCUUUAAAACUCAACCUGUCCGGGAACCCAAUCCUCCCAAACUCGAGGCUACACCACAAUCCCCAGGCAACGAGAUGAAGAUCUACCUGAUCAAGCAGGACGAUGGGGGCUCUCCCAUUAAACACUAUCUUGUGCGCUACAAACCUAAGCUUCGCCAGCACUGGAAGCCAGAGUUCCGCCUGCCCAAUGGCAGUGAGUACGUUGUCCUGAGGGAUCUGGAAUGGAACACGGACUAUGACAUCUCCGUUGUGGCCGAGAACCUGCGAGGCAAAUCUGAACCUAGAAUCCUGUCCUUCAAGACCUCGCCAGAGCCCACCGCCAUUCCAGAAAUCAGCUCAGGUCUGGGCACCGGAGCCAUCGUGGGCAUCCUCAUUGUAGUCUUCAUCCUGCUUCUCUUCGGUGUGGACGUCACGUGCUACUUUCUCAACAAGUGCGGCCUUCUCAUGUGCAUCGCCAUUAACUUCUGUGGGAAGUCCGGUCCCUCUGCCAAGGGCAAAGAUGUCGAGGGGGGACAAGCUGCCUUCUCAAAAGACGAGUCUAAAGAACCCAUUGUGGAAGUAAGAACCGAAGAAGAGCGGACGCCAAACCACGAGGGAGGAGGUCCAACUGAACCCAAUGAGACCACUCCUCUGACUGACCCUGAGCAUGCGGCUGAUACCACAGCAACAGUAGUGGACUUGCUUCCCUCUGUAACCACUAACUCUGAUCCCGGCACUCACAGUCCCGCUAGCGAUUCCACCACCCUUACCUCGUGCACCGCCUCCGCCGCUGACCCCACACCAGCCCCUAAUCCCGCCCCACAAUCCAGCACCCCCAAAACUAGCGUCACCUCUCCUACCUCCCCACAAGCUGCGUCCGCAGCAGUGGCCCCUCUGGUGGACCUGAGCGAUACGCCCCCCAACCAGACCCCCAUACCGUCUGAUUCAACCGCCCCGACCUCCGCAGAUUCGGCCAAAGCAGAUUCUACCAAGCUCCCUGUGGGCGAGCCAACUCAGAGCACUGGGCCAAAGAACCCACCUGAGCCUGCUUCCGGCAGCCCUGCCAAUCCCCCCCAAAGUAAGGAAUCUGUGGUGAAGGGAGGAGCCCAACAGAAUGCAGAUAAUGACCUUGCCAAGGAUGGGUUUGUCAAGCCCUCCAACGCACCGCCCGCGCCCAACCAGGACGAUGGUAAAAUCGCUGUAGAUGAAAAAAACAAAGCUGUGGAGACGGAGGUAAAGAAAAACCCUACGGAGCUGAAGACGGUUCCCAACGAAGCCCCCCAAACGAACGGCAACGAGAGCAAAGCGUGAUCCAGAGCACGCGCCAGUCGCAGGCAGACAGCACCACAUCACCGCCACAUCAAAACACACGUCUCCAAUAAAAAAAGGCUUUCUUCAGUUUCUUCUUUGAGUUUGCGGAAGAAAAAAUAUGUUUGUAGAUGAAUAGAGCGCCUAAAGAGCUCGCCAUAUGCCUUUAUUUUGUACUUUAUAUUUCGUUCGCUAUUACUGAUGUGAAACUCGGCUUUCGUGAAGAUGAAGAGAUUUCCUUUACUUCUAGCGCACUCUCCUUGACCUCUUCGAAUAAGAUAGCUGUCUUUCUAAUGGUAUCGGCGUCUAUCGGCGAGGUUCGGUAUCACUUCGACGACUGAAAGGGUUCUUAUUUUGAAUGAUGCCUUUACAGUCAGACCACGAAAAUAUCUGUGCUGUUUCUGUUACGUCCCGUCUUAUUACUUUCAGUAUUGCCAUCAUUAUCGUCUGCCGCAUCUUAUUAUUUUCGAGAUGUUUUGUGUUUAAAUAAUGUACAAAAGCGACCACCUUUUUAAUUUUAUGUCUCAUGUUAUUUUUGAGAGUUAGCGAUAGAUUGUUAGCAUGCUUGCUUUGCAUAAUUAUUAUUUUUCUAUGUCUUUUAUUAUUGUGAUAUCUCUCUUAACACGCAGCUCAAGACAUGAAAGGUUUCACACACUUAUAGCCCACAGAUCGCCACUAUUUAUCUAUAACAGUUUUUGUUUAUUUUCUUACUUUUCCGACUCCCACUGAAUGUCCUUCAAUGCCUAUUAACUUCAAGACUUCUUAAAGGCUCAUAGUUGAAAAGAUCUGCGGUGAUACGUUGUAAAAACUUCCCACGAUUCCUUUAAAGAAACAUUUGAGCUCUUAGAUAAAGAUCGUACCAGCGACCCACUAGGUACAUGCAGAUGUUGAACUUGUGGUCUAAUAAAAACAUCAGGGGCGCGUGUAAUGCUCACGGGACGUGCCAUAACGCAGGGUCAGGAAGUCAAAGUUCUCACGUCUGUGGCUCUGUUGGUUUUUGCUCACUUUGUUGAUAAACAGCUUCGGGAACCCAUGCAGCGACUGCUCUGUUCGACACACACUCGUGAAGGAAAAUGUUUGUCGGUUAGGCAUAAAUGGCCAAAUUCGUAUAGUUUUGUAAUUAUUAUUUAAGCCAUAGUACUCCGGUGUGGAUAGUAGCAUCAUGAAUAUUCAGCCUGAUGUUUUUGUACUGUUUUUCUUUAGGCUGCAAGCUUGUGCACUGUGAAUGCUUGAAAUCCUAGUGUGAAUACAGUGUGUUGUUUGUAAUAGAAUAUAAAAGAAUAUCCGUAGGUUGUGAAAGCUGUAGUUCUUAGUUGAAACGAUAAAAACAUUCAUUAUAAGACAAAAAAAACAAUGACGGCAACAGCAGAUAUGAAAUAGAGGAGUUUGUGCCUUCAAAAUGAACAUCCUCUCAUGCGCAGGAUGUUACUCAGCUGUCUGCGACAAUAUACCCCACGCUGUAAGAUGGUCCAGAUCUGUAAACUGUGAAAAGUAAUAUUCAACAUGUCAUGUGGUUCUGUUCUAUAUGUUCAGGAUCUCAACAACACGCCUCUGUUUAACUGAUGCAAACAUUCUAUCAUGUAAGUGCCCAAGACCUGAGCAGACACGGUGUCUGUGGCCCUGAUUUCACCCGCAUUAAGUUACAAGAUCUAUUCAAGUUUGGUCAAAUGUCUUUUCAGUCUAUUUGGAAAUCUGAAUAAGCAUGUGGUGUAUUCUGAACUGGAUGUUGUCAUUUGUGUUGAGGUUAAAAUUGAAUUGCUAAAUACCUGAAAAUGUCAAAGGCUUUAUUCAUUUAUCGGAAAUGUCAGUGGACUGUUGUCAUUUCUGUUCACUGUUGACUUUAAGUGCUUUUAUUUGAAUGGCACUUUUUGAUAACUUCCAUUAAACAUGCUUUACAGAUCAAUAGUAUAUGAACAUACCACACACACACACGAAUGAAUGAAGUUUUAUGACAUUUCUAAUCAUUUGAAUGUACCGUUAGUGCUCUGUUAAGCAUAAGGUGUAUAAUGUGUGAUAAUGUUAUAAAUGAAAGUUAUUCUAAAGUGUCAGGUUGGAUUCUGGUCUUUGAGAAACUGAAGGCUUGUACAAACACUGUACCAGGAGGUGUACAAACUAUUCCUUGUGAUCCGAUUCGAACAAUUCAGAAAAGCUCUUGAUUCAUUCAGCUUCCAUUCAAUGUGGGACCAUUUUUCUUGUGCCAUUUUAAGGACAAGAGUCUGUUUCAAAGUAAUGAUUGUUUCAAAAAGCAUUUACAGGGCUCAUCUUUUGAGCAGUCUGAUCACCCGUCUGAUGUAAAGACCUUUGAGUCAUUCACUCUCUCUCAUCAUUACUCUCAUCCCAGGCCUUUAUAAGACAUCCAUCACUCACAGCUGUAUACAGAUUUUUACAAAAUCAAAUGUUUCACCUCUUUCCCCACUGUCACUGCUGUAAAUACUAACCGAAACCAUUUGACUUCAUUCUGUUAAAAAUUUAUUGUGUUCAAUAAAAUGAGGAAAAAUA